UCUUAAUAAUUCUUUGCAAAAAAAUUUUUAUUUAUUUUACCAGCUGAUAGAGAACUUGUUGAACUUUCAGCUGAUACUAUAUUAGCAAAUGCUCGAGAACAUGAUGUUGCAUUUCUUGUUGGUGGAGAUCCACUUUCAGCAACAACUCAUACAGAUUUAAUUUUACGUGCUGUUGAACUUAAUAUUCCUUAUAAAAUUAUUCAUAAUGCAUCAAUUAUGAAUGCAAUUGGUAGUUGUGGAUUACAGUUAUAUCACUUUGGUGAAACAGUCUCGAUUGUUUUCUGGACAGAUACAUGGCGACCAACAAGUUUCUGUGAAAAAAUUAUUGAAAAUCGACGACGUGGUUUACAUACACUUUGUUUAUUAGAUAUUAAGGUUAAAGAACAAGAUGAAGCUAGUUACAUGAAAAAAAAGAAAACAUAUUUACCACCUCGUUUUAUGACUACUUCUCAAGCAGCUUCUCAAAUUCUUGAAUCAGCUAAAGAAUUACAAGUUGAAGAUCUAAUCAAUGAUAAUACAUUAUGUGUGGGUGCAGCACGUAUUGGUUGGUCAGAUGAAAAAUUCCAAACAACAACUUUACGUCGAAUGGCUGAUGAAGUUGAUUUAGGUCGUCCAUUACAUUCACUUGUUAUUGUUGGUAAAUUACAUCCACUUGAAAUUGAUUAUUUAAAAAUUCAUACACUUGAAUCAUCAUUUGAUCAAUUAGCGAUCGAAAAUAACAAAAGUUUACAACAUUAA